GCGGGGACCCGGCAGAGAUGCCGUGCCGCCCGGGCGAGCGCUUCCUGCUGCUCGAGCGCCCGGUCGCCGUGGGACAGGCGGGCUCUAAGGAGGUGGACGCGCUGGUGGCCAAGCUGGGCGAGGUGCUGCAGCUGAGCGCGCAGCGGGCGCCGCCGCCGCCCCGCGUCCCCAAGCACCUGGGGCCGGGCAGCGCCCGCGACCGCGCCGCCCCCUACUCGCCGCGGUGCUGCAGCGGGGCCGGGUUGCUGGCGCCGCGGGGACCGGCCCCGCCGCAAGCUCACUCGCAACAUGUUGAGCCUCCGCGGCCGGACCGGAGCGGCCAGCAGCGGGUGACCAAGCAGCUGUGCGGACGGGGCUGGCUGCGGAGCGCCGCCCGCCGGAGGAAGCAGCCUCCGCCGGGGCCGGGCGACGGGCCGGCGGAGGAGGAGGACCCGCACCGGCUCCUGCAGCAGCUCAUCCUUUCCGGCAACCUCAUCAAAGAAGCCGUCCGGCGGCUGCAACUGGCGGCGGCGGCGGCGGCAGCAGCGGCAUCGGCGGCCUCCAGCGGCAGCGCCUCGGCGGGGAGCGGCGGCGCGGACGGCGAGGCGGCGGCGGCGGUGCAGCCCCUGCAGUAGCCGGCGGGGAGAGCGGCGGCGGUGACCGGGCGAAGGAGCGCGGCCGCGGGCGGCGGCGGAGCCCCCGCCGGGCGGGCUGCGGGAGCGCGGUGCGGGCUCCGCCAGGAUGUAAGUGUGUCCCGGCGGCGGGGCCCCCGGGCCGGUGCCCGUUCGGGCGGGAGGAUGCCCGAGCCCCCCGCCCCAAGGUCACCCGCGGCGCGGACCCCGCGGAGCCGCAGCCGGCGAGGCCGCGCACGCCGCCCGCCCCGAGCUGUUGUUGUGCCCCCCUCCCUCUCUGCCUUCCCGGGAGCUCCUCCUUCUCCUCCCCCCGCCGGGGCAGCCCGGCCGGGGCCGCGGACCCCCCCGCCGCCGGUCCCCCGCUGCCGCGGAGCUGCUCCGUCUCCCAGGAGCCAUUUGCAAUAAUCCUCGCUGACCCCGGCGGGAGGUGUUUCCUUUCCCCUCCCGGGCUGGUUUGGUUUUUUUGUUGGGGGUUUAUUUGUUGUUAUUUUAACGUUUAUUGUUAUUGUUUUUCGUUGUGACUGUAUGAAGCAGUUUUAAAAAAUGUGAAUAUCAAAGCUGGAAGGCAGCUGGACUUAAUAACAAAUGAGUGAAUGGAGCCUGAGAUGCAUUGUUCACAUAAGGUAGCCGAAACAAGUUUUUUCUACCAAAAAGAAAAACCCUGAAUCCACCCUUCCCCGACAAACUCAAUGGCUCAAGUACAAGAUGCAGCUGUUGAUUUUAAAUAUAUGCACUUCGUACCGGAGCGUUUGAAAUGUGUUCCUGAUUUACAGGACUUACUGUCUUAAUUAACCUGUCUGUAUUGAAUAAACGUGGUCUUGUUUUUA